UGUAUAUUCAAACAAGAAAAGAAAAUGCUAUAUUUUAUUGGAAGCAUUUUGGAGGAAAAUUGCUUCUUUAUUAUGUCUAAAUGAUUUUAAAGUCUUUAACUUUCCCACCUGUGUUCCUGUAAUGUACGGAUUUAGGCUUGUUGAGGUCCUAAGAAUUGGAACCAUAAGCAGAACUUGAGCCCAGUCCUUGUACCAAAAAACAAAAGCCCAAUCCUGAAUCCGCGAAUAGAAACAAGAAACUGUCCCUUGUGGCAGACCGCUCCAAAGUCAAAAAUGGGUGUCAGCCUCAGUGCUCAAUUCUCAGGCAAUCCUAUCUUCGUGGAGAUGGUAAUAGAGCAGUCAAUUCAACCGUUGUGAUUGCUCGUUUUAAGGACAAAUGUAGAAGCUGUCAUGCCAUGGAAUUGUAAGAGUGAAGAGAGUUGCUUUGUUUUGUCGAAAACAAAUCCAGAAAACUGGAAGAGGAACCGAAUGCAACUCAUUCUUUCUGUUGCCUGUAGUUUAUUUGGCAUCUCGAGAACCGUCAGAUCAGAUCAUUCUUCAAAACCCAGACUCCCAUUUGUCGAGAUCUGACUCAAGGUUCCAGCUUUUAGAGCUUGUACCAGCUUCCCUUCGCUGUUUGUCUUGUCUCUGGUAGAAAUCGAAAAGGACACGUGCACGAAGGUACGACACGUGGUGGGCUGAACUUUUUGUCACGUUUCUUUCAUGCUGACACAUCGCUUACCUGAACUCUUAUCAACUCUCCAGGAAAAAAUCAAAUGCUAUUGCAAUCCCUCCUUCUUCUUUCAUGGUUAGUUUCACUGUCCUGCGCUUUUUGAUUUUAUAAUUGUUGGACGUUCUGGGUUUUUUCAGUUAUCAAGAAACAGAGAAACUCAUUAACUAGGCAAACCCCUGCUGAGAUGGUGGAGCCGAGCAAUGCUGACUAUGUGGAAUUGGGAGAACGUUCUUCCCCCAAGCUAGAUAAGUACCAAAAGGUUUCUAUUAUACCUCUUGUGUUUUUGAUCUUCUAUGAGGUCUCUGGGGGCCCUUUUGGUGUUGAAGAUAGUGUCCAAGCAGCUGGUCCCCUUUUAGCUCUUCUUGGAUUUUUGCUGGUUCCGUUCAUAUGGAGUGUCCCGGAAGCGUUAAUAACAGCAGAAUUGGGUACAAUGUUCCCAGAGAAUGGUGGUUAUGUUGUCUGGGUUUCAUCAGCUUUGGGCCCUUUUUGGGGUUUCCAACAAGGCUGGAUGAAAUGGUUGAGUGGGGUUAUUGAUAAUGCUUUGUACCCGGUUUUAUUUCUGGACUACCUGAAAUCGGCCUUCCCUGCUUUGGAAGGAGGUCUGCCAAGGACAAUUGCAGUGUUGGUUUUGACUCUGGCUCUCACGUAUAUGAGCUACAGAGGUUUAACUCUAGUGGGUUGGGUGGCAAUCUUACUAGGGGUGUUUUCACUUCUCCCUUUUAUUUUCAUGGGAAUCGUGGCAAUUCCCAAACUGGAGCCUUCAAGGUGGCUUGUGACAGAUCUUGGCUAUAUAGACUGGGGUUUAUACUUGAAUACUCUCUUCUGGAAUCUAAACUAUUGGGACUCCAUUAGCACUCUCGCAGGAGAGGUGGAAAAUCCAAGUAAAACUCUUCCAAAAGCCCUUUUUUAUGCUGUUAUCUUAGUUGUUUUUGGAUACUUUUUCCCCCUUUUGAUUGGUACUGGAGCAAUUCCACUUGAUCGCAAGAUGUGGACUGAUGGAUAUUUCUCAGACAUUGCUAAAAUGCUUGGAGGUGUCUGGCUGCUAACGUGGAUUCAAGCUGCAGCUGCUCUAUCAAACAUGGGAAUGUUCCUUGCUGAGAUGAGUAGCGAUUCCUUCCAGCUUGAGGGAAUGGCAACUCGUGGGAUGCUUCCUGAGUUCUUUGCAAAGAGGUCUCGCUAUGGAACCCCUCUGGUUGGGAUUUUAUUCUCUGCAUCUGGUGUUUUACUAUUGUCAUGGUUGAGCUUUCAAGAGAUUGUAGCUGCAGAGAACUUCUUAUACUGUUUCGGAAUGAUUAUGGAGUUCAUAGCAUUUCUGAAGCUAAGGAUAGACCAUCCAGCAGAAUCAAGGCCAUUCAAGAUACCUGUCGGUACGGCUGGAGCAAUUUUAAUGUGUAUCCCGCCUACCGUACUAAUUCUUGUGGUUUUAGCCUUCGCUUCUUUGAAGGUCAUGUUAAUUAGCAUGGUAGCUGUGAUAAUCGGGCUUGUUCUUGAGCCUUGGCUGAGGUAUUCUGAGAAAAAGAGAUGGCUCAGAUUCUCCAUGAAUGCUGACAUCCGUGACUUUCAUUCUACCUAUCGGUAGUGUGAUGAACCAUGAUUAAGACAUUGCAAUUUUCACUUUCCCAUUUUGCUGUGUCCGAAA